AUGUCGCGGUCCAACAAGCUCGCUCCAGAAGCAAACCGGAUCCUCUUCAUCAAAAACCUCUCCUACAACCUCGACCCGCCCUCCCUCUUCGCCCUCUUCAGCAAAUUCGGUCCGGUGCGCCAAAUCCGACAGGGCAACUCCGCCAACACCAAGGGCACCGCGUUCGUCGUCUACGACGAGGUCGCCGACGCCAAGCAAGCCUGCGACAAGCUGAACGGGUUCAAUUUCAUGAAUCGCUAUCUGGUCGUGCUCUAUCACCAGCCGGAGAAGAUGGCGAAGAGUGCGGAGAAUCUGGCGGAGAGGCAGGAGAGGUUGGAGAGGGUCAAGAGGGAGAAUGGCAUUGAUUGA